GACAUUGCUGAUGCUGAUGCGAGAGCUUUCGGCGUCUGUAAUCAACAUCGGUAGCCUUACUGCCAAAAAUGAUGGAGCUUCUUGGCCUCAUUUGACACCCUGUUCGUUUUGCUGUGGCUAUCAGUGGGGACGCCGGCGCAGAUGUGCUUCUGAGGACAGCGGAGGAUUUUUUGAGGGGGAGUGGGGGGGUUGUUAGAGGAAGAAAACGGCUUCGUCUCGUCACUCGUCUGGCCUGGCUUCUGAGUGACACAGGUGGACUGCCGCUGGAAAACGGCAUCAAAAUUAGGCAGUAAUAUUUUACAGCGGAGAGGACGACGCUUCACGUAAUUACCCUUUAAACCUCGAGGCUAGCAUUCGGUGUCGUUUUAUCGAAAGGGAGGAGACGGUUAAGCUGGGGUCUUUGGCUUGUUAGCCAGCUAAUAGGCUAAUUUUGUUAGCAAGCGUGUUAGCAGCUUCCCCGACCAAUGGUACGGGAGAAGUGGGAUGCUCGAAGGAGGAGUUAACGGUAGUUGCUGGCUUAAAUUCAUUUGAGGAAAGACGGUUCGCGAUACAUGUGGUAAAGCAGCUUUGCAAUGAGAGAUUUGGCGUUGAUGUUAGAGCUCGGUGUUAAUUUAAUUUCGAGUAACGCUGCCCGCUUCUCGCUCUCCCGGGCGAUUGAUAAGAUUAGGUAAUCGGCCAAGAAAGCUAAUGUUGACAAACACUCGUGACUUAACGCGUUAAUUUCUGAACUGCUGCUUCGUACCGCUUCGCUAUCAGAGAGGCUGUAAAGUCGUGUGUUUGUCAGUUUGGUUUUGAGAUGUUAUUUGGGCCGCAGUGAAGCAUGCUGACGCUGGAUGUGCUGAAGCUGAAACAUCUGCCGACAACCAGGAGCGGACCUGCCAUGACAGAAAGGGAUAUAGUGAGUCCAAACGCAUUUUCCAUCAGUGCUAUAUUCAGUAAGGCCAGGAAAUCAGCAUGAUUUCUGAAUUUAGGUAACACUGUUCUUGAGAUGUGGGUGGCAACCACUGAAAUUAAAGUCACAAAUAGAGAUUGUUAAGCCCGUGAUUUUUAAACCUGCGUAUCUUCUUAAACCCAGUGUAAUUUGUACUGCUGUUCAUAAAAUCACAACAUCUGAUGGGAGAAUGCUUGUAGGAACUCUCCACACUUAAGAUUUCACUGGAGAUGCACAGUGCCAUAUAUAAGCAUGGCAAUAAAAAUGAAGAACUGGAUCUUGACAGCAUUAAGAUAAAAAGAACAAUUCGGCAGCUUUCAUAGGUUUCCAAAGGCGAACAGCCAGCAUAAAUGGAGCCCACAGUUGUGUCUGGCCCUUUGGGGCACACACAGUGGGAGUCAGAACAGCCAUUUCCUCUUGGAUUUGAAACACUGGAUUCAGACAAUGCAGGUGUGCCCUGCCAAAACAAGAGUGACCAGACAGGUUUGGAUUUCAGGAAUGGUGAUCAGGAUGGCACAUCCCAACAGCGUAAGAAGGGAAAGGAUUUUGUGGACAACCAUCUAAAUGUCUCAGAUUUUUCUUGCGGAGAUUUGCAGUUUGAGGGAGAUCACACCAGUAUUUCCCAAGCAUUUCUCCAUAGUACUCAUAUUAAGGAUUUGCCUUGCACAGAAAAAAUAGAGGGACUUGAUGAAAUUAGUGAUUGCACUUUGUCUUGGCUAUUUUCUCCCAACUUUGCUGAUGUGAUUGGAAAAAACUCUGCCCAAAAGGAGCUGACUCUUAAACAGGAUUCCCCUCUUGAGGACUCAGUUGUGCUCAGUAGUCAGGUCGAGCUAAUAAGCCUCAGUGUGCCAGCUUCUCCAGUGAAGACUGACACAGGGGAUCCAUUUUUGCUUGUAGAUCUCUCAAAUGAAGAUCCUGCUCUUACCACAGAGUCUUCAGGUGAGUUGAGCCCACAGGGUGUCAGUGAGGAGCAGGUGGAGCUCCCUCCCUUACAGAGCAGGGAGACAUUGUCACCUGAAAUUGGAGACAAAGGUUUAUUCCCUGAUCAAGUGACCUAUCUGCCCGUAACCGGUAGCACUAGCCUGCAAGAUUUACCAGAGAAUCGCCUCCUACAUGACCACAUCAGCACUCUGCUGGAGUGUUUUGAAGGAUCUGUGCCUUUGUUGGAUUUGGAAGUUCCAGAUAUUGACAGGAGUCUGAGCCUGUGCCCUGCCAGUCCUGUCUCUGUUAUCUGCACAGGAGCGCCAUUAGAUGUAUCACCACAGGAGUCAGAAGUGGUACAUGAAAAAGCUACUGUGAUUAGAAAUCUUACUUUGGAGCAACAAGGUGAGAAUGACCUGCUUGCUCUGGGUUUAUCAGACAAACCUUCAUCACUGACACUGCCUCUGGCUGAAGAUGCCCUCAUCCAGGUUGAUUUCAGCAGUCAGAGUUCCUCUGUGGAAAACACGCCUAAGGAUUUGAUGGAAGACAAAAUUUGUUCUGAAGUCAAAAAUCAGAGGAAUGAGCCAAUGCUGUUGGAUCUGUGCUUGACUGUUGAAGAGGUCCAUGAUGACGAAUCUUGGGACUUGAAACCCCAGGAGGGUGUGCAGAAUGAAAACAGUCCAGCAGCUGAGCAGAGGGAAGAGGAGAGGCUGGCCGACACUACACAGUUCCAGGGUUCAAGCUGUGAUGAAGUGGCCUCUUUUGAUUUUUCAGUUCAGGACUUAAACACGACUUCUCCUGAACCUGGAUGGACUAGUGAGCAGGCUGUGGAGACGAUUUCCCUCUCCAACAUGGUGGUAGAUGACUCACUGCCAAUGGUCUCAGCUGUGAACGCGGGGGAGGAAGAUGUCUCCCCUCUAAAAGCUGUGUUCGACGCUUUAGACCAAGAUGGUGAUGGCUUCGUUCGCAUUGAGGAGUUCAUGGAGUUCGCCGCCGCCUAUGGGGCCGAUCAGGUGAAGGAUCUGACCAAGUUUUUGGAUCCAAGUGGGCUGGGGGUCAUCAGCUUUGAAGAUUUCCACCGUGGAAUCUCUGCAAUUAGCAAUGGAGGCCCAGAGCCACAGCUCUACAGUGUGAACUACAGUCCAGGGGAUGGAGCUGUCGGCUGUCAAGAGGAGUACGAUGAGCAAAAUGAGGUGACAGACAGCGCAUACCUGGGCUCCGAGAGCACUUACAGUGAGUGCGAGACCUUCACUGAUGAGGACACGGGAGCCCUCGUACCCCCUGAGAUGCACGAGGAUGUGGAGACGGACAGUGGCAUCGAGGCCACGCUGCACGACCCUGAAGAUGGCGGUAAUAGGUUUUCCCUGAACUCUGAGCUCCAUAACCACUCCCUGGUGACGGUCAUUGGUGGAGAGGAGGAGCACUUUGAGGACUUUGGGGAGAGUAAUACUUCAGAGCUGCUGCUGGAGAGUACCACAGAAGGGCCCGAGGGAGAGGGUGACCCCCAUCUCACGCAGACUCCUGAGCAAGUCAAUGGCUCAGCAUUGCUCUCCCCCAGUGCACCCGCUUCUCCCCCUGGCUGCUUUCAGAGCUUCCUCAGGGAGGAGGCGCUGGACUUUUUCUGUAGCCAGUGUCACAAACAAAUAAGUCGUCUCGAGGACCUCUCCACUCGCCUCAGUUUCCUAGAGAUGACUAGUGCUGGCAAGCGGCUAUCUAGCAAGAAAGUGGCGAGGCACCUCCUUCAGAACAGCUCGAUGACUCUGGACACCAUGAGUGACUUAACGCGGGACAUCCUGGAGCUUGCUGACAACGACAUCACAGACAAGGUGCUCCUCCUGGAGCGUCGAGUGGCGGAGCUGGAGAAGGAGUCUGAGGCUUCAGGGGAGCAGCAUGCGCGGUUGCGCCAGGAGAACCUUCAGCUGGUGCACCGAGCCAAUGCCUUGGAGGAACAGCUGAAGGAGCAGGAGCUCUACGCUGAUGAGCAACUGCAUCAGGAGACCCGUCGUCACAAGGAGGCCCUCAGCAAGCUGGAGAGAGAGACGGGGUUGGAGAUAGAAAACAUGCAGGCGAGGCUGCAGCAGCUGGACGAGGAGAACAGCGAGCUGCGGUCCUGCGUUCCGUGUCUUCGAGCGAACAUCGAGAGGCUAGAGGAGGAGAAGCACAAGCUGCAAGAUGAUGCAGAAACUAUGGCCGACAGGCUUAAAGAGGAGACGGAGUCUCGCAGGAAGAUGGCUGACAAGCUGAGCCACGAGCGCCACCAGAACCAGAAGGAGAAGGAGUCCACACAGGAGCUGAUUGAAGAUCUACGAAAACAGCUCGAGCACCUGCAGCUGUACAAAUUGGAGGCUGAGGCAAAGAGGGGGCGCUUACCUGGGGCAGGGCUGCAGGAGUAUCAGACCCGCACCCGCGAAGCUGAGUUGGAGCAAGAGAUUAAACGACUCAAACAGGAUAAUCGUACUCUGAAGGAGCAGAAUGACGAAUUAAACGGUCAGAUUAUCAACCUGAGCAUCCAAGGAGCAAAGAACUUGAUGUCGGCAUCCUUCUCUGACUCCCUGGCAGCUGAGAUCAACUCCGUGUCUCGUGCAGAGCUGAUGGAGGCCAUUCACAAACAGGAGGAGAUCAACUACAGGCUCCAGGACUAUAUCGACAAAAUCAUCGUGGCCAUCAUGGAGUCCAACCCCUCCAUCCUGGAGGUCAAAUAAAAACUCAGACAGCCAGAGGGUCCCUUACUUAUUCCACUGGCUGUAGUUAAAAAUUGAGGACCUGGCUAAUAGAUUACAUACAAAUAAUCAGGAAGGGAAUAAAACAGUAACACCCCCCCCAAAAAAAGAUUUGACAAUUUCUAAGCGGUUCAUGGCUGUUGGUGACAAAUAAGCUAUUUUUUGGUUGAAUAUCCCUCAAGUCUGUGCUUGUUUUAUGAGCGUAUGUGUUGGCCCUCCUGAUGACACUUGGGUUCUGGUGACUUCCACGUAUGUGGCUAGAGGGACCCAAGUUUCCCCCGUUGACCGAGUGAAUGUGUAAAUGUGUGCAAGAGGUCCGCAUCUUACAGAGUAGAAAACCCAUUUCCAAAAGAUGUUAGAUUGAGCUAAAACCUGAUCAGUUCUACCUAAAGGCCUUAAGUAAAAGGUAAUCAAAGUACUCAUUAAUUAAGCCAUGCCAUACAUGCCUCAGUUCAGUCAGUGAAAUCUUGCUGGGUUGGUGGCAGUAUGAGGGCUGAUCUCACCUGAGCCGCGCUGAAUCGUGUUUUUUAAUCAAAAGCCGUAUGAAGCGCCACUCAGGAGCCGAGUAGAAUUUGUCCUUAACAUUUUUAAAGUUUGCCGUGCCGCCUAGCCCUGCGGGCGUUCUCUCCUUUAACCGAGUUCAGCCGUAUUUUCCAGGAAACUUCUGCUGGGCGGCAAACGAGGAACGCCUCAAGGGUUGUGUGUGUGUGUGUGUGUGUGUGUGUGUGUGUGUGUGUGUGUGUGUGUGUGUGUGUGUGUGUGUGUGUGUGUGUGUGUAUUUGUGUUUGAUGUGUUCAAAAUUCCCCCUUUUGCUCUGGGUUUGGAAGAAGCUUGGGGACGUUAGGAGCGGGCUAAACAUUCUUGUAAGCUUCAGCGUCCCGAGUGAAGGAUCUGCGAGGUUUAUAAAUUGCUUCAUCAUUUAUUUUUGCAAUGAAACAGGGUCCUGCAGGUCCUCAGGUGGGCUGGAAAAACUACAUUUCCCAUCGCUCCCUAGCGCAAACGUUAGAUAACUCCCAUUUAUUGCACAAAGUAUAGACUGGGUAUACUGACUCUGAAUCUCCAAACACUUGAACUAAACUUGAAGGGAAGCUGGUGAGUGAUCCUGGAAACUGUAGAGAGAACUUGCGUGAAGUCCAGCCCACCUGAUUUCUGCGUUCUCGUGCUGAGUGAAAGUGAUAAAGAAGCUUAUCAAUAUUUGUUUUUCUUCAAGUUAUUUGUUGUCAGUGGAAAUGUUGUUGUCUGAAAUGCUGACAUUGGGAGAAGACUUUGUAUUUUGCACUACAUUUUGAUUUAAAUAUUGUUUUUGUUGAUAGAAAAAAAAAUGUUUAUUGUAAAGGGAGCAAAUCAGAAAUGAAGAUUUUGAAGUGUGGGAUUUGUUGCUGAAGGCAUCCCACUAAAAAAACCAAAAAAAAAAAAAACAUUACUCUAAUUUAAAUUGGGUUUAUUCAAAUCCCACAGCCAUGACUUAAGAUUAGUUUGUCAUUGACAUUGAGAGUUCAGACGAGCUUUCUGCCGACUGUCAGCCAGACCUGAUCUGCAUAUAACAUUGAGGAGGCGUGGCAGACCUUGGUAGCAAUAAUGCUGUCCCGUGAAGUGGACAUUGGUGGGGUGGGGGUGGGGGACCAGUUAAAGAAAAGCUGCUCUUUAUUUCUUCUGCUUAAACAAUUUAUGCUUUUUGCUGUAAACGAGAACGACAACCAGAAGAAACCUGGACUGAUCCUGUGCUCGUUGGUACCGCGCAGCCAUCUCAGUACACUUGGACAUUUAUGGACUGACCUGAAAAGUGGACAUUUAUGUUGGAUUUUCAUGCCGGGGAACUCGAUGGAUUCAGAUCAUGAAGACAGGGGAUGUUUUGUUUUUUUUUGUCCAAACAGCAUGGCGUUCUGCACACAAUAUGCUAAGACGAAUUCCUAUUUUUCACCCUGUUCACCUCUAAAGUCUGUCUCACUGCUCCUCUUCAUCACCUGCCACUCCAUGAAAAAUGGCCUUGGAUGUAAAUGACUUGUACAUGUAAAGUUUUUUCUACACUCAUUCUAGAUUCUAGGUAUUUUUAUAGUCAGGAAAAAAAAAAUAAGAGCGUUUUUCUUUUUCUUGUCUUAGGAUGGGAGAGAGCUGCCUGUAUUCUUCUCUAGCAUGUAGCGUGUACAGUAUCUGUUGGGUUCUUUUUUUUUUUUUCUCUCUCGUUUUAAAUCACAUGCAGAUAUUUAUUGGACUUACACUCUGUGAUCUGUUCUGCUGAAAAUAUAUUUGUACAUUUUUGAAUUCAUAAGCGGAGAUGAUUCAUUCACAGUGAGUGAAUCUGUGAGGGGAAUUUACUGAAUUCAGAGAAAGUUCAGAGCAAAGUUGUGUAGUCUUUGGGGCAGUUUCACAAAAAAACAAAAAACAAAGCUUGAAUGUGACCUGCUCAGUAUGGUGAUUUGUUGAGGCCUGGGCACUCUUCCAUUGUGCUGAUGCUGCUCUGACCUCUUUGGGGUAGUGAUUUUUAAAUAUGGCAGAGUCUGCAGUUUUUCUACUGUUGUCUUCCCAGAUGGAGUCAGGUACUGCAUGGAAACACGGAUUUGUUAUUGUAUAUUUCACUCGUUUGACUUGUGUUCUCACCGACGAAUCAUACGCCGAAACAUCCACCGGUGGAGCUGUAGGUCGCGAGACCUCGUAUGCAGGCGCUCUCAGUUCAGCUUUCUGCCUUUUUUAAAUUUUUUUGGUGAUGGGAGGUUUUCCCAGCAGAUUCUUUAUAAUAGCGAACCAUUUAUGCUAUAAUGUAGAAAGAGUACGACACCUGCGCACAGCGGGAUAUCCAACGCUCGAUUCUCUCCCUGAUUUCAUAUUUUAUUGUCUUUUUGACAGACAGUUUGAUGACUGGCAACAGUUUGAUUAGACGGUGAAGCCACAGAGCUGACAAAAUGUUUGCUUUCAGCAGAGCUGAAGGGGAUUGCACUUUAACCAGAUCUAGUUUCUCCAUUUUACUCCUGUUUUUUUUUUUUUUUUUUUUUUUUUUUAAAUGACCAAAGACAUAUUUAAACAUAGAUGGAUCCAGUUAUCAGGGUUUGGUAACACUUUCCUAUCCUAGUAAAUGAUCAAAUUAAGCUCUCGGCUUACUCUGAAAGGGAGGUGGGGAAAUAAAAGAAGAAACUGGCCUGCUAGUCUAAACACUGUGCCUCUGUGUCUCAAACUUUGCCUCUAAACUAACCUGAUAAUGAGCCCUGGGGAAAGCACUGACCAUGUGACUGUCAGUUUGUUAAAUUAUAAUGAAGAAAUCUAAACUGUAAAUAUGAAUUGUCUUUUUUUCUUUUCUUUGGUUUGUGUUUUUUUUUUUCUUUUCUUUUCCACUUUCGUCUCACGCUCACUUCCAGUGUCCAAAGAAAGUUUGCUCAAGGCACAAAUGUCACUACUGGAGUAGUGCAUGGCUUACAAUUAUGCGACAUGGGAGAGAAUAUUGUAGAGGAAAAAAAGAAACUGUAAAACUAUUUUCGAAGAUAAAUGUAUAAAUUAUAACAGUAUUGGUUACAGCUGUAUAUUAUUUUUGGAGAUCCCCACAAUGAUCUAAGCCUAAUUAUUGGGUUAUUGGGGAGCUAUAAUUCAGUCAUUGUAAAAAGAGAAUUUAAAGGUAAACAGUGAAAGUAAGAUUAGAAAAAUAAAGGAAUAAAGUAA